AUGAGUCUCUGGGCAGAUAAAUAUAAGCCAAAAGCACUUGAUCAACUUUCAUAUCAUAAGGAUCUCUCGACUCAUUUAAAAAAGCUUGCUCAUUCAGACAACUUUCCUCAUUUAUUGUUCUAUGGACCACCUGGUGCUGGUAAAAAGACACGUAUCACUGCCGCACUUCGAGAGAUCUAUGGUCCUUCAGUAGAUAAGCUCAAAGUUGAACAACGUCAGUUUGUCACUACCAGCAACCGUAAAAUGGUCUUUACUGUGGUCUCUAGCAACUUUCAUUUGGAAUUGAAUCCUAGUGAUUUGGGCAUGUAUGAUCGUGUUAUUGUUCAAGAUGUCAUCAAGAGUAUUGCACAAACACAACAAAUUGAUGCUAAUGCAAAACAUCAAUUUAAAGUGGUCAUAAUUGACCAGGCAGACGAACUGACUCGAGAAGCUCAAGCGGCACUUCGUCGUACCAUGGAAAAAUACACUUCUUCUAUGCGCCUUAUUCUUUGCUGCAACAGUCUCAGUAAAAUUAUUGCACCUGUUCGAUCCCGUUGUUUGUUGAUGCGUGUAGGUAGACCAGAAACAGACGAGAUUGUACGUGUUCUUCAAGAGGUAGCACAAAAGGAAGGUGUUCAAUUGCCCACUGCAUUAGCUAAGGGUAUUGCUGAACAUGCUGAGCGUAACAUGCGUGCUGCUUUAUUGUCAUUGGAAAGUACAGCCGUCAGACACUCAGAUCUGUCUACAUUAACAAGACCUGAAGAUUUAGAUUGGGAAAAAGCAAUUGCCAAGAUUGCCCACAUGAUCAUUAUUGAACAAUCCCCUGCCAAGUUACUUCAAGUGAGAACACAACUGUAUGAUUUGAUUGUCAAGUGUAUUCAACCCAGUGUGAUUCUGAAGCGAUUGUCAUUUUAUCUGUUGAAUCAAGUGCCUGAACAAGUCAAGUUACAGAUUAUUGAAAAAGCAGCUUAUCAUGAACAUCGUUUACAUAUUGGUAGAAAAGACAUUUUCCACUUGGAAGCAUUUGUUGCAAGUGUGAUGAGCAUUUAUAAAAGGUAA